AAAAAAGCAACCCUGCGUGCUAACGACGACGUGGAGGAUACAGAUAGGGACGAUAGUCAAGGACAGUCAAAAUCGUCCGUCAAUUUUGCAUUGUUUGUUGGUGGGUAUAAUGGUGUUCCUGUUCAUAUUUGUUGGACUAGCUCGUCUGUGGUAUGUUGCUUUGAUUUUUCCAAUAAAGGAGGAGGGCUCGCUAAUAUUAAAUAAGAAUGUUUUUAAGAUAGGAACUUAUGUAUGACACUGUACUGAUUGCCCAUGAAUAGCGUUGUUUUAAACUCGCCAUGAACUUAACUUCAGCAGUAGAAGUCAUUUUUCACAUCCCGUUUGCGGGGAGCUGGGGGGGGGGGGGUCCCAGUAGCACUGGUCGACUAUAAAUAAUGACGAGCCUUGCAAACGAAAAGAAAGCACUUCAUGUCGCUAGAAGUUUUGUAGUAUAGCACGUCUCUCUGCUUUGUUGGCUGAUAUAUAACUAGGUUUGCGCUACGAUAGACUACGUUUUGUAUCGAGAAUCGCGUGAAUUUUCCUAUAGGAUCUUGUAAUACCAAGAGAGAGUGAGGUAAAUUAUUCCCUCUUGGUAAUACCUAUUCCCCAGUCCCUUUACAACAUGCUAUUUCCAAGUUGAGAAAAAUCGGCGUAUGUUUUAUUCUCUCCCGUCUCGUUGUCCACUCAAUCCGUUUGUUCGAAGCCUUUCGUGUACUCUCCUGUCCCUCACAUUCGUUCAGGACAGCAUAUUUUUUUUUUCUGUGAGUUUAAUUGCAGGAGAUGGGUAAGAAAGGAUGCUUCAGCAAGCAGGUUAGUGAGGAAGAGCUACUCUUGGAGAGGACCAAUCCGAAAUGCGGGACACGGACACCAAGGGAAUCUGCUGGUCGUAAAACCAAACCAAAUCUGCCAUCUUACCGACUGCCAGCACCACUUUACGAUACCCGAUCUCCAUGGACACUAACAGAAACUCCCAAAUCCACAUCUUUGAUGGCACUUUCCGCUGAGUAUACUGACCUUUUCCCUAGAGAAAACCUUUGCGUGCAAGUCUAUAUUCCUGACCCAAAUCUAGUGUCUGAAGAACCUACUGCUUCUACCGUUGUUGACCUCUCUGAAUCCAGUCCAGUUUAUAUUGUUAUUGAUGUUUCUGAAUCCGACUCCUGCGUGGUUGUUGAUAUUCCCGGUCGACCU